AUGUCCGAGAGCUCCUCCAGCAAGGAGGGUGCCCCGGGCGAGUGCCCCGUGUGCUACGAGAAGUUCCAGCCCCUGGAGGCCACGCACCGGCGCCUCAGCUGCGGCCACACGUUCUGCCACGACUGCCUGGUGAAGUGCCUGCUGUCGGCCAAGCUGGACGGGCACGUCCAGAGCAGCAUCAUCUGCCCCGUGUGCCGCUUCGUCACCUUCCUCAGCAAGAAGAAGGCUCUGUGGCCGCCCGGGGCGGGCACCAACCCCCGGACGCUGGAGAUGCCUCUGUCGCCAUCCUCCUUGUCCCAGCUGGCCAAAAGCCAGGCCAGCAACACGCUGGUGGUGCCCAGUCACUUCGUGAUGCCGGUGCAGAGCCUGGAGCGGUGCUCGGCGGGGCUGCCGGGGGUGCUGGCACGGGAAGCUCACAUCUUUGUCAUCAGCGACCACGGGAUGCCGCUGGUGGCCACGGACUGCGGCUCCCUGGGCAGGAGGAGCUCGGUGUCAUCCAGCCCGGCCCUGGGGCUGCAGUGCUGCCAGUCCCCCAUGGCCCUGGCCGUGAUGCUCGUCCUGACCGUGGCCAUGCUGGCGGCCGUGCUGCCGUGGCUGCUGCUGGUCAGGAGGGACUUGUAG